CGCCGUUUAUCGCGUACUUUAUAUUCUGACGAGCCCUCUCUACUCUGUCCUUUUCCCUUUCCAUCUCUCGCCUCACACCACUCUCGUUUUCUCUCUCGACCUUUUUCUUGUUCCUUCUUGAUUCCAUCCGAUACAUAGCUAUCAGCAGCAAACAUGUGUGGUAUUUUCGGAUACGUCAACUACCUGGUGGAGAAGGACCGCAAGUUCAUUCUCGACACCCUGCUCAAUGGCCUUUCUCGUCUCGAGUACAGAGGAUACGACUCCGCCGGUCUGGCCAUUGAUGGCGACAAGAAGAAGGAGGUUUUGGCCUUCAAGGAGGUCGGCAAGGUCGCCAAGCUGAGGAAGCUCAUAGAUGAGUCUCCUUUGGACCUGACCAAGGUUUUCGACUCACACGAGGGUAUUGCCCACACCCGAUGGGCUACCCACGGCCCCCCCUCCACCCUCAACUGCCACCCUCACCGCUCCGACCCCAACUCCGAGUUCGUUGUUGUCCACAACGGCAUCAUCACCAACUACAAGGAGCUCAAGACCCUGCUCUCCAGCAAGGGCUUCAAGUUUGAGACCGAGACGGACACCGAGUGCAUUGCCAAGCUUGCCAAGUACAUCUACGACCAGCACCCCCAGAUUGGUUUCACCGAUCUCAUCAAGGCUGUUAUCCAGGAGCUCGAGGGUGCCUAUGGACUGCUUAUCAAGUCUGUCCACUACCCCCAUGAGGUCAUUGCUGCCCGAAAGGGUUCUCCCCUUGUCAUUGGUGUCAAGACCCAGCGCCGCAUGAAGGUCGAUUUCGUCGACGUUGAGUACGGCGAGGACAACGGUGCUCUUUCUGCAGAGGCUGCUUCUCAGACUGUUGCCCUCAAGAAGGAUGGCGAUUUCCUUGCUCCUUCCAGCGCCCUGGGUGCUCCCGACAAGUCCCUGCUUCACCGCAGCCAGUCCCGUGCUUUCAUGACCGAUGACGGCAUGCCCAUGCCCACCGAGUUCUUCCUGUCUUCUGACCCCUCUGCCAUCGUUGAGCACACCAAGAAGGUCUUGUACCUCGAGGAUGACGACAUUGCUCACAUCCACGAGGGCUCCCUCAACAUCCACCGCCUGAAGAAGGCUGAUGGCAGCUCCAACGUCCGAGCUAUCCACACUCUGGAGCUCGAGCUUCAGGAGAUCAUGAAGGGCAAGUUUGACCACUUCAUGCAGAAGGAGAUCUUCGAGCAGCCCGAGUCUGUCGUCAACACCAUGCGAGGCCGUCUCGACAUUGCUAACAAAAGUGUCACCCUCGGUGGUCUGCGCUCAUACAUCUCCACCAUUCGACGAUGCCGCAGAAUCAUCUUCAUUGCCUGCGGUACCAGCUACCACUCUUGCAUGGCCGUCCGUGGUAUCUUUGAGGAGCUUACGGAGAUUCCCAUCUCCGUCGAGCUGGCCUCUGAUUUCCUCGAUCGUGAGGCCCCCGUCUUCCGGGACGACACUUGCGUCUUCGUUUCUCAAUCCGGUGAGACUGCUGAUUCCCUGAUGGCUCUCCGCUACUGCUUGGAGCGCGGUGCUCUCACCGUCGGUAUCGUCAACGUUGUCGGUUCCUCCAUCUCCCUCCUCACCCACUGCGGUGUCCACGUCAACGCUGGUCCUGAAAUCGGUGUUGCUUCCACCAAGGCCUACACCUCCCAGUUCAUUGCCAUGGUCAUGUUUGCCCUCUCCCUUAGUGAGGACCGGGCUUCCAAGAAGAUUCGCCGAGAGGAGAUCAUCGAGGGUCUUGGCAACGUCUCUGCCCAGAUUAAGCACAUUCUCGAGCUUGACCAGCCCAUCAAGGACCUGUGCCAGAAGGUUUUCAAGGAUCAAAAGUCCCUGUUGCUGCUUGGCCGUGGUAGCCAGUUCUCCACCGCCCUUGAGGGUGCGCUGAAGAUCAAGGAAAUUUCAUACCUCCACUGCGAGGCCGUCAUGUCCGGUGAGCUGAAGCACGGUGUUUUGGCCCUGGUUGACGAGAACCUUCCCAUCAUUAUGAUCCUCACCCGUGACGAGAUCUUCAAGAAGUCUCUCAACGCCUACCAGCAAGUCAUUGCCCGAGGUGGCAAGCCCAUUGUCAUCUGCAACCCUGGUGACGAGGAGUUUAAGAACUCUGAUGCUCUCAAGAUUGAGAUCCCCAAGACCGUUGACUGCCUGCAGGGCAUUCUCAACGUCAUUCCCCUGCAGCUGAUUUCCUACUGGCUGGCCGUUCUCGAGGGUCUCAACGUGGACUUCCCUCGAAACUUGGCCAAGUCUGUCACUGUCGAGUAAAGAGGCGCCGGUCGGCUCUACGUACUGGGCGUUGGCAUAGCAGAGCUUUUCACCGCCCCAAAAUUAAAAAAAGAUAAUGAGGAAUCGGCAGUCAGGAAGUUUUUUUUAACGGCUUAGCAAUUUGUUUUUUAUGGGAAGAUGCCCCCUUUUUUUGUAUUUAAUGAGAUCCUGAUAGGGAUUCAAAUGUCAGCGAGGACGACAGAGUGCUAUAUCAUAUAGAGCACUGGAGCUGCUAGAGCGUAUUGGUCUAUUUGUUUUUGAAGCAAAACCAGUAUUCUUAGCGUUUUGUACGUAGACUUUUGCGUUAUCUGCCACCUGAAAAAGUACAAGGCAGAGAGAAUUGAUUAAGAGUAAAAGAGGAAAAGACAAAAGACCCGGUGAUUUCUCUUGC